CCAUUUGCGCUGGUACUUGGUCCGCCGUGAGUCCAGUUCACGACAGCAUUAAGGAAAGAGAAAAAGAGACAGAAACAAUCAGAUCCGGGCUAUUUUUACAUGAUGACGUUAAACUACGAAUCCUACCUUCUCAAUUGAAGCGCCUUGCUGCAGACAAAUUGACCAAUAUCGUCCGAUUAUUAAGAGCUUUACCCCCAUCCCGGAGUUUCCAGACUUAUAUAUGACCGUGGUAUGAAGUGUAGAUAUAUGUGGCCAUUUCCUAAGUUCUCGCGAACGCGGGUUUUGAUCUAAGUGAAUUAUAUAUGUACAUAGAAUUAACAAAACAUAAAUAUUAUUUGAGAUUAUCGUCUUGAAGACAAGUUAUGUAAUCUACUCAUAUUUGUCCUUUGUACUUGAUUGUCUUCAGCAAUGAUGAUGUCUUAUGUGCAUACAUAUGUGACGCUAUAAUCCGAAAUGAUGGAUUUAAUGAAUUAUUAUGACAUACUUGGUUGUACCAAGGAAUCAACAUUUGAAGAUAUAAAAUGUGCAUAUCGUGCAUUAGCUUUGAAAUUUCAUCCAGAUAAAAAUGCAACAGAAUUUGAUAGUAUAAAAUUUCAAUAUGUGUUAAAAGCUUGGCAUGUUCUGCGCGAUCCAAAGUUGAAAGAAGAGUAUGAUGCCAUACUAAAGCAAGAAGAAUUAGAUUUGGAAAAUAUUUUAAUAUAUGCAAAAAUAUGGGUGAAUGAAUUGGAAGAAAUGGAUAAUAAUAAAGACAUGUUGUCUUAUCAAUGCAGAUGUGGGGGAUUAUAUUGUAUCGAGAAGCAACAUAUUCAAAAGAAAAAUCAGAUGAUACACGUUCCUUGUUCAGAGUGUACUCUUUUUACUAUCAUUGAAACGUAAUACUUGUAUGUAACAGCUAAUGACAUUAGGACAGACACAAGGUGAAAAACAUAUAAUUUAAAAUGCAGCAACAUUUUCUAUUUCUUAUAAAAAAUGAUACAACAGAUAACACAUCAUUACAAAUAUAAACUAUUGAGCAAUAUACAAAUAAAAACACGAUUCUUAAAAUAUCCUAGGUUCAAUAAUAAAAAUUGCAUUUACACAAAUUGUGUCUUGCAUUAAUAAUUGAAUUUACAAGACUUAUUGUCAAUCAGAAUUAACUGUUUGUAUAGCUUAUGUAAUUUCUGUAAUGAUAGAGUUUGUAUAAAAAAACUAAUUUACUAUAAAAAUCUAUAAAUUUGCAAAUUUACAAUACAAAUUUCUUAAUAUUUCUUGCUUUGGAAAAAUUUGUAAUUUAAUUAUGUUUAUUCUUGCAUGAUAACUGAUUUUAUGUUAUUCAGUUGAUUCGUGCAUAUUGCACAGGAUAAAUUUGCAACUCUUAUUAUUGCACCAUGGCAAAACCAGACUUGGUACUAAUGUCGAAAUCAAUAUUUUAUUUAAAUAUAGACAAUCCAAUUAAAUUACUA